AUGCCUGGUGGUGGUGAUGACGGUAUAUCCAUGCUUUAUCGAGGAGAAGAUGGCAAUGGACGUGUAAUCAGUUAUUUACCUUCAAAUGUUUUAGACCCGAAAUAUAAUUACGAUUUUACACACGUUAAGGAUGUUGGGGAGACUUAUAUGCGAGGAAAAGUUCAGUAUCAAAGACCGUGUGGAUGGCAGCGCUUUGCUUUAAAGGUUUCCGGAAAAUAUGACAACGGUGAUGAUUCUUGGCUUGGUACUGGUGAUGAUGCUUGGCCAGUAUCUUAUCAUGGUACCGCAAAAUAUAAUGCAAAAUCGAUUUCCGAAGAGGGAUAUUUGUUGAGUAAGGGAAAACGUUUCGCUUUUGGACGGGGUAUUUAUUCAACACCUGAUGUUUGUGUAGCCGAACUUUAUGCAAAAGAAUUUGAGUUUUCCGGAAAGACAUAUGUGAUAGUGAUUCAAAAUCGGGUAAAUCCAAAAAACUUGGUCAAGAUUGAAGCAACAAAGACUAGAGUUGGCGAGUAUUGGAUUUCUAAGGAUGGGCAGGAUGUAAGGCCAUAUGGAAUUUGUAUAAAAGAAAAGUUUAAUAAUAAUGGUGUUUGCCUAUUGCAAUAA